AUGAGCAAACGACCAACUAAUGGGCUUCAAAUCAGAACAUCUUGUCAACGCUUGUGUGAUCUUCUGCCCUUCGUCAAUGGUCAGUUAGAUAUAGCAACCACACUAGAGCUCACCGUGAAUUAUAUAAGCUAUCUGAAAGAGACUCUUCCUCCAGGCAUUCUGUCUAAAGUUGUUAAAGUGGUUGAGAUGAAUUCCAGCAUUUUCUGGAAAAGCAUACAGAGAUCACAAAAGAAAAGAAAAACGAUCAGGCUUAAAAAGAAUGCCUCACAGAGGACAAAGCCGGCUGUUAAAAAGUCAAAUAGUAUCUCAAGAAGCCCUCAGAAGGACCUCUGUAAAGAAGUAAAUCAGCCAUCUAUCACAAUAAAUAGUCCUCUGACGAUGGAUGAAACACUUCCUCGAGCGCACAGCCUGACCACAGCACAUGCCCCGCCAAUAUUGUUGGAUAAAUCGACUGUUCCCCGAGGACAAAUGCUGCCAGUGUGCCAGGAUCAAUUUCUCUCUGCCUCAUUUCAAUUUGUGGAAAAUAACUGGAUAAAUUCAGCCACCGCAUUUAUGAAUGCAACUUCAUGUGUUUUCACAUCAGCAGAUAUCAGCCACACUUUUUUACCCAGCUCAUCUUCAAGCCAUAUGUUAUGGGAUGCUGCUUCUCACCAGGUGGAUCCUGUUACUUUCCUAUCAGGUCAUUGCGGCCAAGCCUAUACCCCACCUGAAAAAACUGAAGUGUGUUACACUGACUUGCCUCAGGUUAGCCAACCCGACAGUGUAUCAGUAGAAGAUUUUACAAGCCAACUAGUUAUCCCACCAUGCAAACUUCAAAGUGAACCUUCAAGCUCUAAUGACCUCACUCUUGCAGUUUCAGAAGCUUUGUGCGAUUCAAGACUUUUCCAAGAAAGUGACAACUGCAGUAGCCCUUUGACAGACAGUCAAUGUGAUGUGGUUAGUCCAUUUUGGCUCGAUUUGCUUUUGGAUAGCAGUAGUAACUUGUGCUUCCCUGAUCCUAAUCUUGUAGAUUUUGUCCUUUCCCCUGAAACGGGGCCUGAUUAAGUACAAAGCUACUGCAACUUUGCAGUUUUAAGUGGCCAGCUAGUAGAGAGAUGGCUGUAUUUUUUUUUUUUUCCUUUUUUAUUUUAAUUUAUGUAUAAAAGAUGUUUUGACUGCAGUGAUGCUGACAAAAAGUAAAUGUAUGUAAAUGCAUAUACAGAAAGUUUCGAAAUGAGAAAUGAUUAGCUUGUAGCAACACCAGAAGGUCUUUAUGCAGUUAGGUCUGCAGACUUCAUUAAAUGUGUUUUGCC